ACGGGGCGGGGACGGCGCGGGGACGCGGCCCGAGAGCGGAAGUGGGAAAGUUGCCGGCGUCCCGAGGAGAGGCGGAGGAUCUGUGCGCGGGGCAACGAUGGGGGGAUCGGGCAGUCGCCUGUCCAAGGAGCUGCUGGCCGAGUACCAGGACUUGACGUUUCUGACCAAGCAAGAGAUCGUCCAAGCCCAUAGGCGGUUUUCUGAGCUGCUUCCUCGGGAGAAACAGAGCGUCGAGGACUCGCUGCGGGAACGAGUGUCUUUCGAGGAUAUCCUCAGCCUUCCAGAGCUCAAGGCCAACCCCUUCAAGGAGCGAAUCUGCAAGGUCUUUUCCACAUCCCCUGCCAGAGACAGCCUGAGCUUCGAGGACUUCCUGGACCUCCUGAGUGUGUUCAGUGACAUGGCAACCCCAGACAUCAAGUCCCACUAUGCCUUCCGAAUCUUUGACUUUGAUGAUGAUGGAACUCUGGACAGAGAAGACCUGUGCCGGCUUGUGAACUGUCUCACGGGAGAGGGCGAGGACACUCGGCUCAGUGCAUCGGAGAUGAAGCAGCUUAUUGACAAUAUUCUGGAAGAGUCUGACAUCGACAGGGAUGGGACCAUCAAUCUCUCCGAGUUCCAGCAUGUCAUCUCACGUUCACCAGACUUUGUCAGCUCCUUUAAGAUUGUCCUGUGACUGCAGCUCCAUCGUGUAUCUCAGCACACCCUGUCCAAGACCUUCCUACUGCAGAGCUGUGGCCAAGGUCAUGCCCACGAUGUCGGGGCCAGCCAAGCUGGCCCAGCCUGGAGCUGGUACUGUGCAACCCUCGGCUGGGGCAGGGAGGGCCCUUCCUGCUUCUCACUGCUAUCUCAUCUCCGUUUCUACUGAUCAGUAAUAAAGAUUUAGAAGUUCUGA